AUGGCUUGUCGCAAGACAAUAUCAAUGCUGGUCGAAACGCCGAACAAAAAUCCGCGAACCCAGAAAAACGACAUCGAAAUCAGGGAAGACAUUGCCCGUGGGAAAUUUGGAUGUGUUGCCAUCGCUGAACUCAAGGAUAAGUCGUACGACAUACCAAAACAGAAACUACGCCCGUCAAUGGCACCGUUUAAACCCAUCGAACCACCAAGCAGAAUGGCCACACAAGUGUUAACAAGACCAUCUGUUAAACCACUUAACACUGUAUUCAAAGUUCCACUGUCGAAAACGACUUCGACUCUCAUGGAAAGGGGCUAUAUAUUGCGGCGGAGUGGGGUGUAUGCAAGGGCGUCGAUAUCGAGAAACCCAAGUAAAGUGGCUUUGAAGCAACAAGUAGUGAGGAAACCAAAUGACAAGAACGACUCGGCGUACACGGAGUGCAGAGUGUUUAAGGCUCUUUCGGAGUUGAUGAACUUGAGGUACACAAACAACUUCAUUUAUAUGUACGACUGGUUCAAAAGUUACUUUGACGAAGACGAAACGACACAAAUGUUCAACAUUGAGAUGGAGUUGGGAGAAACCACUUUGGCGGAGUGGAAGAAGAAAACAAAAAAUGAGCCUGUCAGUUAUGACGUCGUCAAAGAAAUCUUUUUCAGGUCACUUGGGCUCUCCUGUUGCGCAAAAAGAAAUCCAGUUCAUGCACACAGAGGGUAC